AUGUCGGGCGCAAACUCGUGGUUGGCGAGGCAGCGCAAGAGCGACCUCGUCGAGCUUGCCGAACUGACCGGACUCACUGGUUACGAGAACCAGAAGAAGGCCGACCUGGAAGUCACUCUUGAUGAGUACCUCGCCGAGAACGCGACGCAGUUCUCCCACAACCCUAAGCUCGCGCCUUACUACAACAGCCGCGCCAAGGCAGCCGGUUCGCCCGUCAAGAGAGAGGCUCCCCUGACCGACCUCGUGAGGUCGACAACGCGCCGCAGGGCGACGAGAGUUAUCGAAGAGAUCCAACCCGAGCCCGAAGCCGAGUCAUCAUCACCAAGCCCGGAGCCUGCCCUCUCCACCGCCCUGGCGACGCGCACUCCUGCGCGUAACCUAUCUCUCGCGAGCCGCAUCCCUCUGCCCGCGACGCCCGCCGAUGUCGCUGAGGCCGUCGACCGCCAUACCGUUGCGGUGCGCGAGCGCGUCACGGAGCUCUACGACCAGUCGGGUAUCCAGGAGGGCACCCAAGCCGUGCGCUCGUCCCUGUCGACAGUCACCUCGGUACUCUUCACAGUUGCCGCGUUCGAGGCGUGGAACCUGAGAGCCGAGGUCCUACCCCUUCGUUACGCUUUUACUAUCCCCGCAAUCCCUGCCCUGGGCACCAACUUCUACCCCGUCUAUGUGCCUGACGCGUUCCUGUUUGUGACUUCUUCCUUCUGGUCGCCCGUCACACUGUGGACGCUCACCUCGGUUCUCAUCCCAUCCUUGUUCGGUUACUUCUACAACCUGAGUGCCGCGAGCCAUCCCCAGCCUCGGGGCCGCAAGAGCUCGACGGUUGAGUACAAUGUCGACCCCCUAGUGUUCAGCAUUGUCAAGGCCCUGAUCUCAUUCGUCGUCUACGGCCAGAAGGUCACUUUCGGCGGAUGGAUCAACGAGAACUCCAUCGACCGCAUCAACAGCGCUCUAUACGGCGAGUGGAAGGGCAUCCUGACGGGUGCUGCCAUUACCGCCCUGGUGAGCCUCUACGACGCCGUUUUGAAGAAAUAA